AUGAGCUACGGUCCAGGCCAAAGCCCCUUCAUCAUGGGGGGCUUCAUCCCGGAUUCUUUCUGGGAUCCUGUGCGCGUCCCCUCCGGCCCCCCUCCGGGGCGCUGUCCCACCCUUGGGCCUCCGAUGAUUCCCCCGUCGCCGUGUACCGGCAAUUAUUCGACUCCUGGCUCAGCCCGGAGCGCGUUUUCCCGGCCCGUAACGCCCUACAACGGUGGACGUCCCCAAUGCCCGUACGCAAACUACCUCGCGCGCAUUCGAGAACACAUCGACUGCCUCACCGGAGCCGAGUUACGCCAGAUAAUCCUCUCGGUCUGUCUUAGUUCCGUUAUCCAGGAUCGCGGAGGGACGUAUAACCGAGUCUUCGAGAUUGUACGGAACAAGUGGUUGGGAACGGGAGGCAACGCUACAAUCCAGCAGGCUGGCGAGGGAUUGGGGAUUUACCUCGAACAGCUUAGUGUAGAUGAUCUAGAGGAUGUCAUCUGCAUUAUCUGCGAUCGAGACACCUCUUCCAGCACGCGCGCGCUAAUUCACAAUUUAACUAACGCUUUGGAGGACCGCGCUCUCCUCCGACGUAGCGUAUCGUAG